AUGCAGACAGCUCACAGUAUUAUUCAGCGUAUCGCGGCAAUCAUUGCCAUCUUCAACAACUGUUUAUUGAUUAUACUCAUCAAAUGCAAAUCUCAUCGGAAGGUUGGAAAAUACAAGUAUUUGAUGAUCUAUAUUUCCAUCUUCGAGAUACUUUAUGAUGUUGUAGAUACAUUUGCAGCACCGACAAUAUUCACAAAAGAUUCAAUGUUUGUAGUGGUGGUUUAUGCGGAUCAAGAGUUGGUACCAUUUUAUUUUAUGGAAACUUCCGUUCACUUGUUCUGUGUAUUCUAUGGAAUCUCAAUGGCAAUAUUUGCGAUUCAUUUCAUUUACAGAUUUCUUGUCGUCAGCGAAAACAACAUUGUGAAGAAGCAUAAUGGAAAACUUAUAUUCGGUAUGCUUCUUUUUCCAAUAUUGUUCGGAAUUUUUUGGUUUUGGGUUGUCAAUUUUUUCGUUGCUCCAUUUGACAAAGCUGACGAUUGUCUGAGAGAAAACCGUCUCGAAAAUAUGGGGCUUAAUAUCAGUGACGUAGCUUAUGCAGGAGCAUAUUUCUGGCCAAUCGGGGCCGAUGGUCAUCAUCAUCCACACUGGAAGACGUUCAUUGGAAUAUUCAUCAUGAUCGUCGCUAUUGUUGUUUCUUUUGGUCUCAUCUGCUUUUUCGGAUACAAAUGCUACCGUCAAACCAAGCAAAUGCUUCAAAUAGCAUCGACACAGUCGGCAUCUUUCAAUAAACUUCAAACUCAAUUAUUCUAUGCUCUCGUCUACCAAACUGUGAUCCCAGUAUUUCUGAUGCACGUGCCUGCCUCUAUCGGUUUCAGUGCAUCGUUUUUCAAUUGCUCUAUGGAGAUCUUUGGUGAAGUCAGCUCUGUUACUAUCAGUUUUUACCCAACUUUGGAUCCUUUACCAAAUUUUUUUGUUAUUAAAAAUUACAGAGAAGCAAUAUGCAAAGGAUUUCAAUUAUUCAAACGAAAGGUUUUACAAUGCAAAGGAUCAAAAGUAGGAGUAGAAACUGCUGCAGCAUCAGAGUUGGCUUCGAAUGGAAUCACAUCUCCGCCGUCAGUUGCUCCACAGAAUUGA